GGGGGCCCGCUGCCGGGCGGGUCCUGCCUCAUCUGUAAGCCGUCGGCGCUGGCGCAGUGCCUGCUGCGCGCGCUGCGACGCUCGGCGGCGCUGGAGCCCGGCCAGCGCUCCUGGCUCUCGGGACCCCACCUGCAGACCCUAUGCCACUUCGUUCUACCCGUGGGGCCCGGGCCGGAGCUGGCCCGCGAGUAUCUGCAGUUGGCAGACGACGGGCUGGUGGCCCUGGACUGGGUCGUGGGACCUUGCGCCCGGGGCCGCCGGAUCACCAACGCGGGGGGCCUGCCAGCGGUGCUGCUGGUGAUCCCCAAUGCCUGGGGGCGCCUCACUCGCAACGUGCUCGGCCUCUGCUUGCUGGCCCUGGAGCGCGGCUACUAUCCGGUCAUCUUCCACCGCCGCGGCCACCACGGCUGCCCCCUAGUCAGCCCCCGGCUGCAGCCUUUCGGGGACCCAUCAGACCUCAAGGAGGCUGUCACUUACAUCCGCUUCCGACACCCGGCGGCCCCACUGUUCGCGGUGAGCGAGGGCUCGGGCUCGGCGCUGCUGCUGUCCUACCUGGGCGAGUGCGGCUCCUCCAGCUACGUGACUGGCGCCGCCUGCAUCUCGCCUGUACUGCGCUGCCGGGAGUGGUUCGAGACCGGCCUGCCCUGGCCGUAUGAGCGGGGCUUUCUGCUCCACCAAAAAAUCGCCCUCAGCAGGUAUGCCACCGCGCUGGAGGACACGGUGGACACCAGCAAGCUGUUUGGGAGCCGCUCCCUGCGAGAGUUUGAGGAGACCCUUUUCUGCCACACCAAGAGCUUUCCCAUCAGCUGGGACACCUACUGGGACCGCAACGACCCCUUGCGGGACGUGGACGAGGCAGCCGUGCCCGUGCUGUGCAUCUGCAGCGCCGACGACCCGGUGUGCGGGCCCCCAGACCACGCGCUGCCCACCGAACUCUUCCACAGCAACCCCUACUUCUUCCUCCUGCUCAGCCGCCACGGAGGCCACUGCGGCUUCCUGCGCCAGGAGCCCCUGCCAGCCUGGAGCCACGAGGUCAUCCUGGAGGCCUUCCGGGCCUUGACUGACUUCUUCCGAAUGGAAGAGAGGAUGAAAGGGCUGAGCAGGCGCAGAGCUUCGUUCCUAGGGGGCCGGCGUCGCUGGGGCCCCCUGCAGAAGCGGGAGAUCUCUCCCUCGUCCGGUCUGGAGGAGAUCUUCAGCUGGAAGCGAUCCUAUACAAGGUGAGGCCUGCCCAGGUCCUGCAAGGAAGAAGAGAGUUGGGUGUGGGAAGUCCCAGGAAGAUGGUGAGCUCUGGAUGGAGGACUCUGGUCAGCGCCUGGUCUCUUACACCAGCCCGCGGACAGAGAACUUUCAGGGAGCUCGCUCACGGCACCUGAGCAGAACCCCUGCCCGGACUCUGCGCGGCACCGUCCUACCCUGUCUGCUUGGCAACGGGGCAUUCCCGGUCACUGUCUUCUGUCACCUCCGUAAGCCUCACAGCACCCGUUCAGCGCAGGGGCUGGGAGAAAAUGCGUCCUUGCUAGCUGCGACUACAGAGAAGACGAGUCUCUGCACGUCCCACGCAAGCCGUCUGCUCGGCCACCCUGAUUCUCCAGCCGGAGCCGCUCGACGUAGUAAGGACAGGAUGUUUGUGUCUCGGGCCCACUUCCCUCAUUUGCUCUGUGGCGGGGCUCUGCGCUCGGCCCAGAGCCCGUGGCUGUUGCAGACCGUGUGAGCUGGAGGAGGACGGCGAGGCAGGAAGUGCUGCGUGAGACCGGCUAGACAAGACAGAAUGAAACGGCACCCCUGGAACCUCAGCAAGGCUCAGCUGGGGACCCAGCACUGCCCGGACUCGGCCUUGGCUCGGCCUUGGCUUGGGCGCUCAGGCCUCACUGGAGAGAGCCCAGGAGUGUUUUAGAAAUAAGCGCUCUCCCCCUGGGUCUCCUGGCUCUGUAGACCUUGACUCACGUAGCCAGACUCUCUGUGCCAGGUGCUCCCUCCAUACCAGCCACGGGGUCACUUCAGAGAGCCCCGUCUGGCUGGGGCUGAGGCAUGGCUUUCUCCAAGUCAGUGAAAGGUACUCACCUCUGAACAGGUGCAGCUGGUUAGGGCUCCAUUGUUUGACACUGAACUAGGGUCUCCCUUUCUCCAGCCAGGAGAAACAUCUGGAACCAGAGAACACAAAAGCACCAGGAGAUUGCUAGACUGGCCCGGUGAUGUACGAAUAUUUCACAUGACCACGCUUUGUCUCUACAGUUAUUCAAAAGGCCAUCUGUGUGAAGGCAGGAAAGCUGCUUCCCAGAUCGGGCCGCUGAGCAGCUAAGUGGGUAUUUGGUUUGAUGAGGAAUGAUGCUGAAGAGCAGAGUAAGACAAGGUACAGACUGAUCUGCGUGUCCUAGUUAGGAUUAGGCCGUUAAAUCUUUGACAGGACAGCGAGUUCCCUGUGUAGCCAAGCUUCGAAAAGGUUUGUCCUGGGGGCCAGGAGGUGGCAUAGUGGUUAAGGUGUUGGACUCCCACACAGCCGACUGCAGUCCGGUCCCGGGCCCAG